AGACAUUGUUGUAGAGCAGGAACGCCAGAACUCCAAAGCUUCAGAGUAACAAGACAUGGAUCCAACAUUUAAACUGAAAAGGGGAAAGCACAGCGUGUGCAGUUACAUAAGAAAAAAGUUGAGACUGACUGAGGCCUGGAGUUUGUGGGCUGGACGUUAGAUGGGUGACAGGAAAAAGUGGGAGGAGUAGGAACUUAGAGGGACGGGAAACAACACAUCUGGAAGUCAUUGAGAGAGGAGGAGGAGGGAGCUGCAGGACUGUUAACAAAGGAGGGAGAACGGAGGGCAAACGUCUUAGCUGCUACGUUAGAUACAACGAGCGCACAGACCUGGGGAUGAAGACCAGCUGAACCGAGCAGAAGCUAGUUACCAGAGAUCAGAGAAGAAGACGAAGCCCAGGAGACGAAGAGGAAAACUACGGGAAGCAGGAGUCAGAGCGGAGACGUUGGUCAGGAUGUCGGUGACUCGGAGGUGUCUGUGCUGCGUCAAAUAUCUGAUGUUUGUCUUUAACCUCAUCUUCUGGCUGGGAGGAUGCGGCCUGUUCGGCGUCGGAGUCUGGCUCUCCUUCAAGCAGACGGAGUUUUCCUCUCUCCCGCUGUCGUUUCCAUCCCUGUCAGCUGCCAACCUGCUGCUGGUGGCUGGAGGCAUCACCAUGGUGACGGGCUUCCUGGGCUGUCUGGGAGCGCUGAAGGAGCAGCGCUGCCUGUUGUUCAUGUUCUUUGUGAUUCUUUUACUCCUGGUUCUGACAGAGGUGACUCUAGUGUUGGUUAUACACAUGUACCAGGACAAGUUGGAUUCCACAGCACAAGACACACUUAAGAGCGGAAUGAUGGAUUACAACUCAGACGCUGGACUCAGAAGAUCCUGGGACAAAGUCCAGAAAAUAUUCAAAUGUUGUGGGGUGACUAAUAGGACAGACUGGUAUGAGGUGCUGAACGGAACGCUGCCUUCAUCCUGCUGCUCCCUGGAGACGGGCCAGUGCACUGACGGAUGGGACGAGCCGUGCUAUCAGAAGGCCAGACAGUGGCUGCUGGAUAACAUCCCCUCGGUUCUGGUGUUUGGAGUGUGUAUCGGCGUGGUGCAGAUCUUGGCCCUGGUGUUCUCCAUGCUGAUGUACUGUCAAAUUCAGUGUGCUGAGAAGCACAUGGACUGACUGCAGAGCAGCUGUUCUGGCGAUGGGAGGACUCAUCGCCGUCUCCUAGGAGACCUCAGUGUAUCCUCCUAACCUGAGUUCCUCCUCAGAAUGGAGCCUGAGGCAUUCACUUACAAAUUCCUGCUAAUGUUAUGAAACCAUCAGGACUCUACGGUGGAAACAGACUGCAGAAAAUGAGCUGUUGCUCGUUUACUCACCAGUGACAAUACAGGCUUCACUUAUAAUUCAAGACUAGUUUGUUCCUCCAUUAGCUUAUUUAGUGAUACCCUUAUUGUCAUUAGUGAAAUAACACUAAUGCACUGUUACUUAGCACGUCUGCAGAACCGAGUUUUACUUCACUAUUUGCUUUGUCAUUCUCCAUCUAAUAUGUGAUGAAGAGGCAAAGAGUAACCAUCGUCCUAUAACCUGCUGGUUCAGUUAAUGUACUUUAAACAUACGUCCACUGUGAAACACCAAGCAAAGAAAUAAUAAAAAUCACAACAAAUAAACAAGCAAAAGGUUUGUAUGCA